GUAAGUGAGUUUACGUGUUUCGAUUUAUAACGAAAAUCAGAAUCAUUAAAGUGCUUUCUUUAUAUAUUGAACGAGAACCACCAAGUAUUUUAUUGUACGACAGUCGCUGAAACGCUGAAGUUCUUCAUUUAAGCAUUUCUGCAUAAAAUAGUGGUUUGUUAUGAUAGGUCGUCAAAAAUGGACGCAGACAAGAUGAAACGCCGCUCAUCUGGUAUUCUAAAGGCCCAGAAACCUAGAAAUCCUUUUACAGAAGUGCAUCUCACCGAACCAGCAACUGAUACUAUAAAAUCCAGAAGAGUCAGUUUUGCUGCCAAUAAUUUUGUUAAGCCAUUUUUCUCAGAUCCAGAUAAACUGGUAGUAUGGGAUACAACAUACGAAGAAGAAAUGAAUCACACAGAUUCUACAUCACAAUCUUCACGUGAAAAUAUAACUACAAAAUCCUUAGAUAUGAGUGUUAGCAGUGCUGUUUUAUAUGAAGAUUCUGAAGAAAUUGUAUACAAAAAACCAGCACUCAAACAAAUACCAAAAAUUUAUGUGGCUGAAAAUGAAUCUGGUAAUAGACAACCGCAACAACUCGUAAAUUCUAUUAGAACAUUAAUAGAUAAGGAAAAUUUAAAUCCUAUUAUUAAUGAUAUAUCAAUUGUCACAAGUGCAGAACCUUGUUUUGAUAACAAUGUAAAAUUUGAAUUAAAUUUAAAUGACACUGUUGGUGAUAAAGACUGUGAUUUCGGUAAAAUUUUCUCACAAAAAAGAAAGAAUAGCGAGCCGGAACUAUUAUUUGACUUUCAAACUGAAAAAACUUGUCAUAAACAGAAGAAGUCUAAUUUUGAUCUUACCCUAUCACUAAAUGAGACAAAAGAGUCAAUAUCAAAAAUUGAAUUGGAAAGCAAAACUGCAACUUCUGCAGAAGAACCUGUAGCGAAUGUUAAAGAUGAAUUUUUUGGUGGGAUACAUAAAAAAAUCACAGAGAACAAGGGAGCAAAGUUUAAAAUAUAUUCAAAUCUUGAUUCACCAGAUAACGCCAUAAAAUUGGACAUGAAAUUCGACUUAAAUGAGACAGAGAAUGAAAAUACAUUGAAUUUUAAAGAAAUAUUCCAAAAUAAAACUAGAACCAAAAAUCAUGAUGAACAUGAUCAGAUAGAAGAAAAGUUCCCAACAGAAGUAAAAUUAGAUAAUAACGGAAAAACGAUUCAUUACAAUAACACAGUUGGAGAUAUGAAUUUCACAGUGUGCCAGGAACAACAAAAAUUAAAUGUUGCAGUCAAAAGAAUGACAGAAGUAAUGCCUGAGGUUACUCCAUUACAAAAGAACAGAAAAACUGUAGUUUUCAAUAACUCAGAAGGAAAUAUGGACUUAUCAACUGUAGUGGAACCAUCAGUAAUACUUGAAAACACUUUUGAUGAAGAACCACAUAGUGACUCAAUAAAAAUCCCAGAUACAAAUGUGAAAUUGGAUAACAAUAGGAAAACCAUAGUGUUUGGUAACUCUGUGGGAGAUGUGGACUUCACAACUUGCGUGGGACAACAAAAACCAAGUGACACAGUAAAAACAAUAACUAAUACAAAAGAGGCGAAAAACAAUUUUGCAACAGAAAUGAAAUUAGAUAGCCGGAAAACUGUGGUUUUCAAUAACUCAAUGGGAAAUAUGGACUUCACAACUUGCGUGGAUCAACAAAAACCAAGUGACACAGUAAAAACAAUAACCAAUACAAAUGAGACAAAAGACAAUUUUGCAACAGAAAUGAAAUUAGAUAGCCGGAAAACUGUGGUUUUCAAUAACUCAGUGGGAGAUAUGGACUUCACAACUUGCCUUGGACAACAAACACCAAGUGACACAAUAAAAACAAUAACUAAUACAAAUAAAACAAAAGAAAAAUUCGCAACAGAAACGAAAUUAAAUAGCCGAAAAACUGUGGUUUUCAAUAACUCAGUGGGAGAUAUGGAUUUCACAACUUGUUUGGGACAACAAACACCAAGUGAGACAAUAAAAACAGUAACUAAUACAAAUGAGACAAUAGAAAAUUGUACAACAGAAAUGAAAUUAAAUAACAGGAAAACUAUCGUUUUCAAUAACUCAGUGGGGGAUAUGGACUUCACAACUUGCCUGGGACAACAAACACCAAUUGACACAAUGAAAACAAUUACUAAUACAAAUGAGACAAAAGAAAAUUAUGCAACAGAAAUGAAAUUAGACAAUAACCGGAAAACUAUGGUUUUCAAUAACUCAAUGGGAGACAUGGAUUUCACAACUUGUCUGGGACAAGUUACACGAGGUGACACGAUAAAAACAAUACAAGAAACAAAUUUGAUGAAAGAAAAUUUCGGAUCAGAAGCCAAAUUGGAUAAUAAUCGGAAAACUCUUUAUUCCGUGGCAGAUAUGGAUUUCACAAUUUACACGAAAGAACAAGUGUCAAGUGAAACGACGAAAACAAUAACGGAAAGAAGUCAGAUAAGCGAAAAUUUCUCAACAGAAGCCAAAUUAGAUAAUAACAGAAAAACGAUGCAUUACAAUAAUACAGUAGGAGAUAUGGAUUUCACAACUUGUCUGGGAGAACCAACAUCAAGUGAUACAAUUAAAACAAUACCACAAACAAUUUCGAUGAAAGAAAAUUUGGUGACGGAAGGGAAAUUAGAUAAUAACCGUAAAACUAUGGUUUUCAACAACUCAAUGGGAGACAUGGAUUUCACAACUUGUCUGGGACAAGAUACACGAGGUGACAAAAUAAAAACAAUGCCAGAAACAAAUUCGAUGAAAGAUAAAUUUGCACCAGAAGUCAAAUUGGAUAAUAACCGAAAAACUCUUCAUUCCGUGGCAGAUAUGGAUUUCACAAUUUACCCUAAACAACAAAUAUCAAGUGAAUCGACGAAAACAAUGACGGAAAGAAGUCAGAUAAAAGAAAAAUUUUCAACAGAAGCCACAUUAGAUAAUAAUCGCAAAACUAUGCAUUACAAUAAAACAGUUGGAGAUAUGGAUUUCACAACUUGUCUGGGAGAACCAACAUCAAUUGAUACAAUAAAAACAAUACCACAAACAAUUUCGAUGAAAGAAAAUUUAGUGACGGAAGGGAAAUUAGAUAAUAACCGGAAAACUAUGGUUUUCAAUAACUCAAUGGGAGACAUGGAUUUCACAACUUGUCUGGGACAAGAUACACGAGGUGACAAAAUAAAAACAAUGCCAGAAACAAAUUCGAUGGAAGAUAAAUUUGGACCAGAAGUUAAAUUGGAUAAUAACCGGAAAACUCUUCAUUCCGUGGCAGAUAUGGAUUUCACAAUUUACCCCAAACAACAAUUAUCAAGUGAAUCGACGAAAACAAUGACGGAAAGAAGUCAGAUAAAAGAAAAUUUCUCAACAGAACCCAUAUUAGGUAAUAAUCGGAAAACUGUGCAUUACAAUAACACAGUAGGAGAUAUGGAUUUUACAACUUGUCUGGGAGGAUCAACAUCAAGUGAUACAAUAAAAACAAUACCACAAACAAUUUCGAUCAAAGAAAAUUUAGUAAUGGAAAGGAAGUUAGAUAAUAGCCGGAAAACUAUGGUUUUCAAUAACUCAAUGGGAGACAUGGAUUUCACAACUUGUCUGGGACAAGUUACACGAGGUGAUACAAUAAAAAUAAUACCAGAAACAAAUUCGAUGAAAGAAAAUUUCGGAACAGGAGUCGAGUUGGAUAAUAACCGGAAAACUCCUCAUUACAAUAACACAGUAGGAGAUAUGGACAUCUCAUCUUGUCCGGAACAAUCAACACCUAGUGAUACAAUAAAAAUAGUACCAGAAAAUAAUUCGAUAAAAGAAAAUUUUGUUAAAUUAGAUAACAAUAGGAAAACUAUUCAUUACAACAACUCAGUGACAGAUAUGGACUUCUCAAUUUGCCCGAAACAACAAAUGUUAUGUGAAACUUCCAUAACAAUACCACAAACAAAUCCUAUAAAAGAAAAUUUCGCAACAGAAAUGAAAUUAGACAAUAACCGUAAAAAUAUUCAUUGCAACAACUUCACAAUUUAUUCGGAUCAACAAUUGUCAGACAAAACAACAAAAACAAUAACGGAAAUAAAUGAAGUAAAAGAAAAUUUCUCAACAGAAAUGAAAUUAGAUAGUAAUCGAAAAACUAUUCACCACAAUAACACAGUGGGAGAUAUGGAUUUCACAGUUUGCCAAGCACAACAAAAAUUAAAUGGUGUAGGUGAAAAAAUGACACAUGUAACUGAGGUCACAUCAAAAAGUCUAUCACAAAAUAACAGAAAAACUGUAGUUUUCAAUAAUUCAGAAGGAAACAUGGAAUUAACAACUGCAGAGGAACCAUCAAUAAUUCUUGAAAAAACAUUUGAUGAAAAAUCAAGUGAAAAUACAUUAGACUUUAGUGGGAUAUUUCCAAUUAAAGUUACAUCUGAUGUAAAAGAAAAAUUAAAUAAUGAGGACGAAAUUAAAUGUCGAUAUGAAGAUGAAAAAUAUGAAGAAAUAAAUAUGAAGCAAAAUUUAGAUUCCUGUCAAAUUAGCUCGUCGGCUCAUUUAAUGAAAAAUUCCUUAAAAAAUAUUAAAUUAGAUAAUACAAAAACUAUGAUUUUCAGUAGCACAGAAACAGGCGACAUGGAUUUGACUAUUGGUAGUAAACUCGUUUUUAGGUGUGAAAAUGACAAGACAAUAGAUCAAGAUCAAGAAGGAAAUGUUACACUUUUCAAUAAAACAAAAGAUUUAGGAAUAACAUUAAACUUUAACACUACACAAGAACCGUCACUUUUUGGGAAAACAUUCCUCAUUAAAAACACACAAAGUGAUGAAACUCUAAACUGUACUGAGAUCUCAAAUGAAGCUCUAACUAAACAUGAACCUUCUGGUGACAAUGAUGUAAAAGUUCAGUAUGAAAAUGAUGGGUGCCAAGAAAAAAAUGUAGAGCAAAAUUCCUUACAAAGCUCAUCAGAUGAAAUAAGAGAAAAUCUCUUAAAUGGUGACUUAGAUAAAGUCAAAAAAAGUUUAGUUUUUAGUACAGAUGAAGGUGACAUGGAAACAACAUUUGAAGGCAAAUUUGAACAAGUAAACCAAGGAAAUUAUGAAGACGGAACCAAUUCUGCUAAAAAAAUAGACGACAGUGACAAUGUAAAAAUUCAAUAUGAAAAUGACGAAUACCAGAAAAAAUAUAUAGAAACAAACUUGCAUUGCUCUGAGAAUAGCUCACUCAAUCACUUUAAAGAGAAUUUCACGGCCAAAGUUAAAUUAGACGAUAGUAACCAGGAAGGUAUUGCUUCUGAUAAAAUAUCAAAAAUGGACUAUGAGCCAAUAAUAGUAGACGUAGAAGAAAAGUUCGCCUCACAAAUUGUCUCAGAUUGUGAUGGAAAAAGUAACGUAAUUAACAAUACAAUAGGAAAAAAGGAAAAUAUUACAUGGGAUGAAAAACUUCCAAAUAAUCAAAGUACAUGUAAACCUGCAAUUGAUGCUUCUCACAUUAGUGUAAUUGAUAAUUCUAUAGAUAAAUUGAAUGAACCAAAGAGAAAUAAUAUAGAGAAAACGCGAAAAAGACAUUCGUUAGAAGAAACAUCAGAAGUCGCGCACAAGAAGGCUAAUCUAAGUAAACCUACACAAGAUGAUGACGUUUUCUUUAAAAGUAACAUCUCUGAUGAAUCUUUACUGCAGGAUCAGGAGACCCAAUUAAUUGAUAAUUCGUGUUCGUCGUCGCCUACGGACUCUGGGACAGUUAAUCAAAAUCACGUCCCUCAGAAUGAAAACAUCACAUCUGAUAAAAAAGAAAUGAAUAAUCGCUUGACUUCCAUUUUUGAAAAUGUGAAAAGAAAUUUAGUAGACUAUGAGAUAAAAGAAUUUGCUUGGACCGCGCAAAUCGAAAGUAUUAAGAGAAAAAAUGAGAAAUUCGAAAGGGAAUUGUUGGAGCUCCAAGAAAAAAUUAAUAGUUGUGAAAUUAUAGAUGUAGAAAGUGUUUUGAUGAAAGAACGAGAAAGAGAAGCUGCACAGUUGAAGUCUCAAGUACCCAGUGCAAACGUUGAGGUUGAGCAAUUCACUCCUAAAGGACUAAUUGAGACGAUACAAGAUAUGAAUCAAAGCAAUCAGUACAGAUGGAGAUUAGAAUGCUAUAAUGAAGACACAAUUCAAUUUUCCAUUCUUAACAAAUCUUUAAAAAUUUAUGUGAGCCUCUCAGAUUUUUCAGAUAUUCAAACAAAUAUUAACCUUGCAGCUAAUUCGGAUCCCAUUUGCCAUUUGGUGUUGGAUUCGAUAAAAGAACAGCUAAGAAGUACAACAGUAACUGCUGUCCUUGGUUCCAAAUUUGAUUUAUUGUCUUUACUUAAUUAUAUAAAUAAACUUACGACUGAACAUUUCAUGGUAUACAUCGAUUUGGAAAAAAUGACUUGGAAAAAUCUAUUGGAUGUGGAUUAUUCAAACAAUAGGUGUACAUUUCAAGUAUUGAACUCAAAACAUUUAAUAUGGUGGGUGAUUUCUGUUGACAUCUCUAAUUUACAAGACAUUGACCCAGAUAAAAUAACUGCGAUAAAUAAAGGAAGAAAUUCAUCUGUUAAUGAAAAGGUACUGAGAGAUUUGAGCCUGGGCUGCUCAAAAGGAUUAAAUUUUUUCGUUGAUUACUUGAAAAAAAUCAACCAUGAAUUAAUUUUAAAAUAAAGGUAAUAAUAAUUGGUUCUGCCUGUUU